AAAUUUUGGAAAUAACACUUGUUAUUUUGACCACCUUUUCCCAACACCUCUUUACUGUACUCCAGUUAAUCAGUGCAAGUGGACUGUUUUGCAAGAUGAGUGCAGAGCUCAGUUAUGUGCAGCUGAGAGCAGCCAGUGAAGCUAGAGAAUCUGAGGAGCUCAUGUUUGAACAGAGAAAGAAGAGCCUCCUGGUACUCAUUCACCAUUACCUGCUGGACGAAGGGUUUCUGGACUCUGCACAAGCCUUGCUGAGGGAGGCUGGCUCCUCUUUAGCUCAGCUAACUGUUUGUGACAACAUUGACCUACCAACCAUACUGCAGGAAUAUGAGAGUUACUAUUUUGUCAAGUUUAAGAAAAACCCAAAGAUUGUCAAGAAAAUAUCACAAAUCAAUGACCUCUCACGAAACGCCAGUAGAAGUAAACCAUGUCACAAUAAAAGCUCCAAGGGCUCAAGCACGAUCUCGCUUCCGCACAUCCCUGCCGAUGGGUGUGGUCAGGGGCAUGGCCUGGUGGGAAGACGCCCACACAGUGACGGCAAGAGGAAGGAAAAGAGGAAACCACCAGCACCCACUUCCUCAUCUUCCCACUCCCCACCUCCGCCCAGUCACUCUAACUCACUAGGGGACCUCGGACUCACUGGAUCAGCGAUAAAGGAGGAGAAGAAAAAGUCCAGCAAGCCUGGAGUGACUAAUGUCCGUGGAAUCAUUAAUGAUGUGAUUCGUGACGCAAGUGCUGAGAUUGGUACUGUGGGGCCGCAGGAUCGACUGUUAAAGCCACUGGCUGGGUUUUCGGGCUACAACGGUGAACUGAGAGACUUAGCCGCAGUCAUAUCCAGAGAUAUUUAUUCUCAAGACCCCAAUGUUCACUGGGGGGACAUAGUGGGACUGGAUGCUGCCAAAAGACUUGUCAAAGAGGCCGUCGUUUAUCCCAUCAAGUACCCCCAACUGUUCACUGGGCUCUUGUCUCCCUGGAAAGGACUCCUGUUGUACGGACCACCCGGCACUGGUAAGACUAUGUUAGCCAAGGCUGUGGCCACAGAGUGCAAGACCACCUUCUUCAACAUAUCAGCCUCCUCCAUAGUCAGCAAGUGGAGGGGUGACUCUGAGAAACUCGUCAGGGUGCUGUUUGAGCUGGCGCGUUUCCAUGCACCUUCCACUAUAUUUAUGGAUGAGCUGGAGUCAAUCAUGGGGCAGAGAGCGGGCUUUGGAUCAGCUGGUGGUGAGCAUGAGGGCAGCCGGAGGAUGAAGACUGAGCUGCUGGUUCAGAUGGACGGUCUGGCAAAGUCGUCCGACCUUGUAUUUGUCUUGGCUGCUUCCAACCUUCCUUGGGAGCUGGAUCAUGCCAUCUUGAGACGGCUAGAGAAGAGAAUAUUGGUGGACCUCCCAAUUGAGAGUGCUCGUGCUGCAAUGUUCCAACACUAUCUCCCCCCGUCUCUUUCACCACCCCCUCUGUCCAUAUCGUGUGAUGUUGAUCACAAUAGAGCAGCACAGCUCACUGAAGGCUACUCUGGCUCGGAUAUCAAACUGGUUUGUAAAGAAGCUACCAUGCACACAGUGAGACAAGUUUUUGACAAACUUGAAACCAUUGAAGAAUCUUGUGGAAUAUUGGAGAACAUUACGAUAGAGCCUGUUAGAACGUGCCAUGUUGAGGAGGCCAUUACUAGAACUAAACCUUCAGCAAGACUUUUAGUUAGCAAGUAUCUGGAGUGGCAGAAAGAGUACGAGUCAGUGUGAUAGGUUGCAUAGUCAUGUAUAUGUAUUAUAGCUGCUAUCACGGAUCGAUAAUUGUCACAGUUAAUUUUGGUCUGCUAAUACAUUUUGUAAAACAUUCACAACAACAAUGUAACACUAGUACUAAUUCAUACUAUUUUUUCGAGAACAGAAGAAGUUAUGCGGUAUAUACAUUAUAUUAGACAAAGCUAUGGAA